AUGACACACACUGCACCCCACACCCUCCCCCGGCUCUCUUCCAAAGAGACGCAGGUGGGCACCAAGCAGGGAGAAGAGAAUGUGGACACCAUCUUCAUUGGGAAGAUGAGCUGGCAAAACGCUUCCCAGGUAUCUGGGAAGGCAUCCUUUACCAAACACCUGUUGGGCAUUCCUGUGACCUCUGCCAUGUGCACACAGGGCAGUACAGUUACCCACAGGCUCAGUGGGCUGAGCACCCUGUCAGAAGGAAUCAUGAUAAAGCCAGCGGAUGGUUACCUUCACUCAAAUGCCCAAGAAAACUCCCAGCGGAAGGAAGACCGAUAUACUUGCUAUCAAGAGCUUGUGGUCAAAUCUUUAAUGCACUUGGGGAAAUUUGAAAAAACUGCGUCUGUUCAGACCGUAAGUGAACACUUGACUGACAGUGGUAUCCAGUCUUUAAAAGCAGAGAGUGAUGAAGUCAACGAAUGCUUGAUGAUUCGUUCAGAUGAUGGAAGAGACAAACUGGACAGUUCCCAGCCACCGUUCUGUUCCUCUGAUGACAGUGAAAGUAACUCUGAAAGUGCAGAGAAUGGAUGGGACAGUGGCUCCAGCUUGUCAGAAGAUGCUAAACCUCACAGAGCCCCAAAAUACAUGUUAGUGGAUAGUAAAAAUGACCUCUUGGAAGUCCCUGAAAUAAAAACUGAAGAUGACAAAUUUGUCCCUUGUGAGAACAGGUGCGAUUCUGACACAGAUCGGAGAGACCCACAGAAUGCCCAUGUGGGGCCCACGGACAGCAAAACGCAGCCAUCCUUCCCCGAGAUUGAGGAAGAAGAUAGUGAGAGCCUGGCCACCACCACCGAAGAGCCUGGUGAUCUGGAGAAAGCCAGGGGAAACCUAAGUUUGCUGGAGCAAGCGAUAGCUCUGCAGGCCGAGCGAGGCUGCGUUCUCCAUAACACCUACAAAGAGCUGGACAGGUUUCUCCUGGACCACUUGGCAGGGGAAAGGAGGCAAACCAAAGUUAUCGACAUGGGGGGAAGACAGAUCUUUAACAACAAACAUUCACCGAGGCCUGAAAAGAGAGAGACCAAGUGCCCCAUCCCUGGGUGUGAUGGCACAGGGCACGUGACAGGGCUCUACCCCCACCACCGCAGCCUUUCAGGGUGCCCCCAUAAGGUGCGAGUGCCCCUGGAAAUUCUUGCCAUGCAUGAAAAUGUGCUCAAGUGUCCCACCCCGGGAUGCACAGGAAGGGGACAUGUGAACAGCAACCGCAACACGCACAGAAGUCUUUCUGGUUGUCCAAUUGCUGCAGCUGAAAAACUGGCAAUGUCCCAGGAUAAAAAUCAGCUUGAUUCUUCCCAAACCGGGCAGUGCCCUGACCAGGCCCACAGGACAAGUUUGGUGAAGCAAAUUGAAUUCAAUUUCCGAUCGCAAGCCAUCACCUCUCCCAGAGCCACCGUGUCAAAAGAACAAGAGAAGUUUGGAAAAGUUCCAUUUGAUUAUGCCAGUUUUGAUGCCCAAGUCUUUGGUAAACGUCCUCUACAAACAGGGCAAGGACGAAAAACACCACCGUUUCCUGAAUCAAAGCAUUUUUCAAACCCAGUGAAAUUUCCUAAUCGACUGCCUAGUGCAGGCGCCCACACACAGAGCCCAAGCCGUGCCAGCUCCUAUAGCUACGGUCAGUGCAGGGAAGACACCCACAUAGCAGCAGCUGCUGCCAUCCUGAACCUUUCCACCCGCUGCAGGGAAGCUGCAGACAUCCUCUCCAACAAACCACAGAGCCUGCAUGCCAAGGUAUGUCCGUCCAAGAGCCCGGAGGGGAGCCGAGAUAAAGUGGAUGAAAAUGGCACAUUGGACUUAAGCAUGAAAAAAACUCGAAUCCUGGACAAGUCUGCACCCCUAACUUCCUCUAACACUACCAUUCCAACACCUUCCUCUUCCCCAUUCAAAACAAGCAGCAUUCUGGUCAAUGCAGCAUUCUAUCAGGCUCUCUGUGACCAAGAGGGCUGGGACACUCCUAUCAACUAUAGCAAAACCCAUGGGAAGACAGAGGAGGAAAAAGAGACUCUGGUCCAGCCCUUCAGUGACUGGAAUGUCCUGGGACUGGCUUCUCAACUCUCCUCCUACCUGCAGGCACUAUGGCUGCCAUCCCCAAUUGUGACUUCCAGGCACUUCCAGCAGCCCGUGGAGGCACUGUCCAACACCAGGAUGCGAUGGAAGUGGCCAUGUCACAGGGAACUAUGCAUCUCACCGCAGGUACCUAGUGACCUCAUUGUCAGUCAGGGUUUCAUCACCUUGCUGUGUCAAAACCUAUCUGUGCCCAUUCUAGCAAGAUACCUGGACCAGGAAAUGGAGACAGAUAAGACGCUUAAGUCCCUCAUGGCUGCCAACUCUCAGGAGCUGAAGUGUCCGACUCCAGGUUGUGAUGGUUCGGGUCAUGUGACUGGAAACUAUGCUUCCCACAGAAGUUUAUCUGGCUGCCCUCGUGCAAGGAAAGGUGGCAUCAAAAUGACCCCUACCAAGGAAGAAAAAGAAGACCCUGAACUUAACUUGUCUGGAUGUCCUCUCAAUGCACAAGCUAUCAGGAAGGGCAAGGUUUCCGAGGAGUUAAUGACCAUCAAGCUCAAAGCGACCGGGGGAAUAGAAGGUGAUGAAGAAAUUAGGCAUUUGGAUGAAGAAAUAAAGGAACUGAAUGAAUCCAACCUUAAAAUUGAAGCAGAUAUGAUGAAACUUCAGACUCAGAUCACAUCCAUGGAGAGCAACCUGAAGACAAUAGAAGAGGAGAACAAACUCAUAGAGCAGAACAAUGAAAGUCUGCUGAAAGAGCUGGCAGGUCUGAGCCAAGCUCUCAUUUCAAGCCUCGCUGACAUCCAGCUGCCACAGAUGGGACCUAUCAGUGAGCAGAAUUUUGAAGCAUAUGUAAAUACACUCACAGACAUGUACAGCAAUCUGGAACGAGACUAUUCCCCGGAAUGCAAAGCUCUUCUGGAAAGUAUCAAACAGGCAGUGAAGGGGAUCCAUGUGUAG